AUGAUUUACCCCCUCGCCCUCAUUGUUCCAUCCCUUUUCCUGUCUCUAGUAGGCACAACUCUGGGCGCUGCUCCACCAAAGAUCGUCUAUCGAGGAGACAAGCGCGACCCCAAAACACUCCAAGAUUGCGGCGGCUUCGUGUGCCCGGGUGACAGGACCGGCACCUUGGACCUGGACAUGACAUUCCAUCAGCAUGUUAUGAUCAACCACAACGAAAAUGAACGGUACGACCAGAGCCCGUUCAUUUCGACCUCGGCCAACAAGGCAUUCUCCGCCGAGCAUGUCCAGGAUAGAAACCGGGGCAAGGUAGUGUACGUAUAUUACAUUGACACGUCCGCCAUCGCCGACAACUUUAUCGACAUUGCGCAGUCGUACAAGGACAUCGGAGGGACAUACCAUUGGCCUUGGGAGAAGGAGUUUGCUGCCAAGCGCAAAAUCCCCUGGUCCAGCGUCGUCGGCUACGACACCCUCGGGCCGGGCUUGUUCCCCAGGCACACCAAGGUGACCCACGGCGGAGCUUGCAAGCGCGGGCUUACAAGCUCAGGGGGCGCCUGUCUCCUCGGAGCGGGAGGCAGAAAGACGACGGCAAAGACGGCAAAGACGACCAAGGCGACACAGACCAAGAAGACCAAGACGAAGCCGGCCGCCAAAGGUACUGUUCCUGCUCGAGGUGCUACUGCUGCCGGGGCAGCUCCGGCCGCGAAAACCCGUAUCAAGGCCGGCCGUGUUGACAAGGCCGCUCGCCGGGCUGCUAUCGGCCGUGCCGCGGAGGGUCGAUAG